AGUGGCAAGGUUGGACUGGAACCUGACCUAUUUAACGUGGUGCGCUACUGGACCUUAACGGCGUUUGAUGGGUUCUUCGUCCGAUGCUCUGGGUUUGUACUCCGCUACUGGAGACAAUGUUGGUAGAGAGUAUCUUAAAUGACCCUUUAUGAUACUAAAAACUAACUGGGCAUGUAUGAACCACUUUCAUUGCAUGGGUCUACUUCCGUAUAAGGACCACAAACAAAUAUCUAAAUUUUUGCGCCAGAUAUUACACCUGGUUACACUUGUCCCUUAAAUAAUAGGUUAUAUUUUGGAUAUUUUGUGGUGAAAAAUAACGUAGGGUUGUUCAGUUCCAAUACCACUUAUCGCCUAACCGGUUUACAAAUUUGAAUUCUCUGACUUAUUGUGUUGCAAAGAUUUAACCAGUUGUUAAUUUCCCUGUAAACUACCACUCUUCAUUCUAUUGUAAAGUCAAGUGGAAGAUCUUAAACAGUUACACGGUUUUGGGAUAUACUGAAUGUAAUCCCUUGGUCAUUUAACCGUUUCGAUUGUUCGUGUUAAGUAAAUCCAUUUGUUAAAUGUUGCUAAGUAGAGGGGUCGAUGACCCAUUUUACUGGAUAUGAAAGCUUCUAUUCCGACUAUAACCGUCCAAGCCCCCUAAAGUUUGUUUAGUUCUUUCAAAGGAACGUAUCUUUUGGAUUGUCUUGCGUUUCAGAUGCUUUCUUUGAAUUCUAAACUUACCUAGUGAAAAAGCAUUGUGUCAGUAAUUUCAACAACAAGAUCCUGUUAAUAACUAACCUACGAUUAUAUUAGUUUUUCAGUUUUAACUAAGUAUUAUUUUAGCCUUUUAAAUAUGUAGUAGAUAGAUUAGAUUGCUUAUGAUCAACAAUUUAUUUACGUGAUCAUUUGAUUGGAUAAGUCUGUAGAAAAUUUUAUUUUAUGCUUUUUAAAAAUCCCUCGGUACCACAUAGUAUUAGUAAAUGAAAAUCACGAGACAAAAAGUUAACCUUAAGAAAGUACUAGAGGAUAGGUAAAUAAAAAAUAACUAAAGUUAGGAGCAGUAUUUUCGGGACAACAUAGUUUUUGUUGUAACAUUAUCGCGAAGAUUUUCAUUCAGUAACAUGCUUUUUUAAUUUUAAUAAUGACACCAAUAUUAAAAUGCACCAACUCUGCUACUGGCUUUUGUUGUCAACUGUCUCCUCAAUAGUCGUAAAAAAGGUAAGUUUCAUGGUCCCUAAAUUUUCAUCCAUGGAGCCAUAAAGACCCGACAGAUGUUAUCAUCCUUAAUUCACUUACAAUCAGUCAUAAAUUUAUCGCAUCUCCGUAUAUUUCAAUGAGUCUUAGCAUCGGAAAGUGGUUUGCGGCAUAGAAGCCACUUAAAUCUCAGUUGUGAAUGUAAAAAUAAUCAAGUUGGGAGUUUAAACAUUUUAGAACUGUACAAUAGUUAGCGCCUUAAAACUCAGUAUUCCAUUGAGUAACGGAAUAAGCUAGAACUGUAGUAUAUACAUUUUAUUUAUUUAUUUGAACACAAAUAUUGGUACCAAAGGGCACCGAAUACAUACGCGCUGCACAAGUCACUUGAUUUGAUUAUGGGCUGUUAUACUUCCCAGGUGCCCAGAGCGAAGCAGAAGGUUUUCUCAAGGGGCCACACUCCAAGCCUUCGACCCCAAAGUCUAAUCCACAAGGCAGUGGAGCAACGUCAAAAUUUGCAGUCCCAUGGUGGCCAGUGACCAAUAAUUGGUUCAUACACCGUUUGUUCCCUGAGGAUUCUGGAUCACAUGUGCACCAAUGGUUUGGAAUCAGGGUUUCCCAACUCCUCUAGGUAAACCCUUCGUAUCCAACAAACCGGUUAAAGCACCGUGCACUCGCUUUUCGUCCUCUCAAUUUCGUAAACAACACCUCUGGUGCAAAAAGGCGGUAGGUAGGACUUCCCUGGCAGUGGCUCUGUACGCGUGGCCAUUUGGAGAGGGAGAACUAACUCUCCUAUCCUUGAUCAUACCAGGGUAUUUGGGGAUAUUUGGUAGUUGAUACAAUCAGCUACGAAAUACUUUUUUCUUACCGUCGGUGUAUUUUCAUACACGUAAAUUGUAAAUGUGACACUUCUUUGCUACCUUUUAAUGUUUCAGACAAAUUCAGCGUACAAAAAACCACUAUAACCUUCAACUAUCCGAUAAGAAUUAAUAAACUGAUAUCAGUGAACACCAGUUAUCAUUCGAUUCGUUUAAAUGUUUAACAAAAAAUUCAUUUCUUCGACGUCUUUACAUUGUUUCCGCGGUCCUCGUAGAAGUCUGUUUUCUGCUCAGACUAAGAAGUUUUAUAAGAACGUGACUGUAUUUCAGUCAACUCAUGAAAAUUAUAAACAUCCAGUUUUUCAAAUUCUUCUCGAUCAACGUAAACUUCGAACUCCAACUGGAAUUCAUUUUCACGUACCGAAUCAAGCAUUAGCUGUCGCUGUUGCACAUGAAUGGGAUAGUCAGGUUGACACUAUAAAACGAUAUGCUAUGCCUUUAACAACAUUGUGCAAUCGAGCUUUGGAUACUCCAGCUGAUCAACAUGAUAUCCUAGUCAGUAAUAUCAUGCAGUAUGCUGAUACUGAUACAAUCUGUUUCAGAUGUCAAGAACCAGAUGAUUUAGUUAAAGUGCAAUCUCUUUCAUGGGAUCCUAUUAUUAAUUGGGUUAGCAAACAUUAUCAAAUCAAACCAACCGUAACUGAUAGUAUGACUUCAUUGGCUAAACUAUCUCCUUUGGAUAAAGAGAAAUUAACACGUUAUUUUAGCAGUUAUAAUAUAUGGGGUCUUACGGGUAUAAAAUCAUGUGUUGAAAAUUUAAAAUCAGUUUAUCUUACAUUAGCUAUGCUGGAUGGAUUUUGUUCAGUCGUAAAAGCUGUUGAAUUAAGUCAAAUAGAAAUGUUAUUUCAGGUUAAUCGAUGGGGAGAUGUUCCUUCUUAUCAUGAUGUUGAAAAUGCUGAUCUUAAUGCACGUGUAUCUGCUGCUCUGUUUUUAGCUUUACUCAGUCAUUAUCGAUAUGAUAUAAAAAUAAAAACAAAUAAUAAAAUAAAUCUGAUAUAAAUAUUCAUUGAGUUUUGUUUUGUUUUUGUUGUUAAGAAGAAUAAAGAAAAUUAAACAUAAUUACA